GGGCAGUGCUGCCGCUUUGUCGGGAACAAAUAAAUUGAAUUAGACUGGUGCAAUGCUUUUCGGGGUCAGAAUUGAAAAUAGACCUGCAGUCCAAUCAACAACAGUAACAAAAAAAAGAGACAAACUGGUAUAUUUGACAAAAGGAAGAGUUUUCAUGGUGUUUUAGCAAAUCGGACAAAGUAGCACAUUGCUAAAAAUACACCUUUCCUGUGUGUCAUUCGGUGUCUUAAGUGUUGCGUCAAGGAAGAUUAAGGUAAUAGGCUUUGUCUCACGCAGUCCACGGCCAUGUCCUGCCCUCACAGGCCUAUUUCAAAUGCACCUUCAGGAAUAUGGACGCCUUUUGUGUCACAUUACACACUGUUUUGGUGUUUUCUCUCAUCACUCUUGGAUCAUCAACUUGUCUGACCGGCUGCACCUGCACAGAUGAUAACCUGGGAAAGUCUUUACAAUGUAUGGCAACCACCAUGAGACAAAUCCCAGAUGACAUCCCACAUGAUUUCACCAAAAUCCGAAUUGAAAACUGCCACCUAACUGAGCUACCCCGUGGAUCUUUCUCUAAAGUUAGUGCCUUGGAGUUCCUCUGGCUGAAUUUCAAUGAGAUCACGCUGAUGCACAUUAAAAGCCUAGAGGGGUUGGCCAACUUGACCGAGUUGAGGUUACAAGGAAACAAGCUAACUUCAGUCCCGUGGACAGUUUUUCAAGACACACCAACACUCAAGAUUUUAGACUUGAAACACAAUCGACUGGAUGUCUUGCCAGAACACGCUUUGAGAUACCUAGCGGGACUGACCUAUUUAGAUGUAUCCUUCAAUCAGCUCAGUGUCAUAUCAAAAGAUGUCUUCAUUAAUUGGCCACUUUAUCGGACAAAUGAGAAAACGUGGGGGAAAGAAGGCCUGGUGUCCAACGUGGUUCUGGCUCUCCAUGACAACCCCUGGAUGUGCGACUGCCGCCUCAAAGGCUUUGUGGAGUUCAUCCGAGCGGUCAGCCCUCCCAUCAUACUUAUGAACUCCUAUUUGAUGUGUUCCGGCCCCGCCUCUAAAGCUGGGAAAUUUUUCCAUGAGAUCCUGUUAAAAACGUGCACGAAGCCAGUGGCCUCUGCCCCGGAGACAAACAUCACUUUACCCCUCGGAGCAAAUGCAACACUCAGAUGCUUAGUCAAGGCCAGGCCAGGUCCGACCAUUCAGUGGAUAUACAGUCUGAAGAUUAUAAGAGGAUUUGCCGCUACAGAGACUCAAAUAGACGAGGAGACCUUCACCUCCCAGCUGGUGAUUCCAUCUCUCCAUCUCGCAGACCGAGGACUCUACACCUGCAUGGCCAACAACUUCAUCGGGAACUCUUCUGUGAGCAUCGUCGUGAACAUCAGCACCUCCAAUUCCUCAGCUCCUCUUCCUCCUCCCGUCCCGAUGCUAUCGUCCGAUGAGAACCCCUACAUCGACAUCCGCAUCGCCAAGCAGACAGUCUACGGUAUCACCCUGGAGUGGUACGCCGCAACGGACAACCCCGCAGAAACCUGGUUCACCAUCCACUUCGGUAAAUACGACUCCCCCAAGAAAGACAUGAUCUACAUCGGCCCCGGCAUCAACAGCUACUCCGUCAGCGACCUGCUUCCCGUUACCAAAUACGAGGUGUGCGUGACGCUGAAGAACCAGCCGCCUCGAGAAGGCCAGUGCAUCGUGUUCAUGACAGGAAGUGACAUCAGUGAGCUUGAGCAAAGGGAGAGGCUUAUUCACAUUAUAGUCAUCGUGUGCGCGAUGGUGCUGGCGGUUCCGGCCGGUAUGUACGCCUGCACCACCGAGGCCCGCUUCAGCUGCAUAGAACGCUGCACAGAUCUGUGGAGGAAACGCCGACGGCAGGGGGAGAACCUGCAGGGGUCCGAGAGGCAGGGAACCUUCGAUAGCCUCCAGGCCGCCAGCGACGAAGGCCUGUGCAGGGACUCGGAAGAAAGACCGAAAAAGAGGCGGAAAUCUGAGGACAAGUGUAAAGGAGGCAGCGCAGCUCAUUUAUACUGAAUGUAAAAGUGGACAUAGAUGUGUAUAAGUGUAAAUAACAGGAAAAUGUACAGC